GGAAGACCCUUGGUCUGAACGGGAGAGAGAGGGAGAAGUGAGCCUGGGGGCAGAGGGCGGGGAGCGCUGAUACAAACCCGGAGCGCCCCGAGGAGCCCCCCGACCUCCCGUCCCUCCAGUCCCUCCCGUUCCUCCCGCUGCCCGACGCCGAGGGUGGCUUCGGGCACCGGGACAAGCGGCACCGCACGGGGAGCAGCCCCGCGGGCAGCGAGGAAAAGGCCGAAGGAAAACGUAAGGAGGGAGGAAAAUCCGACCGGAGAGGACAUCUCGGCAGGGGAAGGAGGGGUGGCUGCCGAGCAUUCCAGCUCCGACAGGACGAGGAGAAGCCGAGCAGAGCGCGAGGGAAGGUCCCGACCCUUGUCCGCUGGCUCCAUGGCAUGUACACUAGAAUGUGAAGGAAAACUGCCUUCUGCCAAAGCCUGGGAGACCUGCAAGGAGCUCUUGCAACUGGCUAAGCUGGAUCUUUCUGAGGAUGGCAACAUUGCUCCGGGAGACAAGAAAGAGCUGGAUGAGAGCCACUUGCUUGCGAAGAAGUACGGAGGCUUCAUGAAAAGAUAUGGGGGCUUCAUGAAGAAAAUGGAUGAGCUCUAUCGGGCAGAGCCAGAGGACGAAGCUAAUGGAGGAGACAUCCUGGCUAAGAGGUACGGAGGGUUCAUGAAGAAAGACUCAGAUGACGAUGCCCUGGCCAACUCCUCUGAUCUGCUGAAGGAGCUCCUAGGAACAGGGGAUAACCCUGAGGCGGCGCACUAUCGAGAGGCAAACGAAAACGACGGCGAUGUCAGCAAAAGAUACGGAGGCUUCAUGAGGAGCAUAAAGCGCAGCCCUGAAUUGGAAGAUGAGGCCAAGGAGCUGCAAAAGAGAUACGGUGGCUUCAUGAGAAGAGUGGGCAGGCCGGAGUGGUGGCUGGAUUACCAGAAACGAUAUGGUGGCUUUCUUAAGCGCUUUGCCGACUCCGUUCUCCCUUCAGAAGAAGAUGGGGAAACCUAUUCCAAAGAAGUCCCAGAGAUGGAAAAGAGAUAUGGUGGUUUUAUGAGAUUUUAAUACCUUUCCCUUUAUCCCUUUUGUCCUAAAUGAGAAAGACUGCCUUAUUUGUCAUAACUUAUUGUAACGUGUUGCUUGUACUGUACAGUUUUUUACUGUCCUUGGUUAAUGAUGCAAACUGCAAUUUGAUGUUCCAGGUUCCGUGUUCUUUCAAGUCAAAUAACUAAUUUCUGGUUUAGUCGACUUUCAGUCUGUAUUGUAAUUUCCAUGCUAGAACUAUUUUGAUUACUGUAUUCGUUUUCUUUUAAGAGGAACUACAUCUACAGUAGAGUUGCUUAACUGUACAUACAAUAAAUUCUUCAUCCUAACUGCAAAAA